AGGAAACGUCAGUAGAAAAGAUCACCUGUCUGAACUUUUCAACGUCUUUUAUGUUAGCUCUUGGGUAUUUUUACUCCUAUCUGGAUUUUUCCCAAUGAGUACCACACCUGUUAUAUUUAAUUUGAUCAACUGCAUCAUUGGAGUCAGUGUUUUGGCGAUGCCUUUCUGCUUUCAAGAGUGUGGCAUCUUACUUUGUGGAGUAGCAAUUGCAAGCAGCUGCUUACUUACAAAGAAAUCCUGUGGGCUACUUCUUAAUACAGGUCAGGUGGCACGGAGACGGAACUAUGAAGGAUUAGCAUUGGUUACUUAUGGUGCUCCAGGAAAGUUUGCUGUGGAAGCAAGUAUUAUUGGUCUUCUUCUAGGGACUCUCAUAGCAUUUAAUGUUAUCAUUGGAGACUUAGUUCCUUCAAUAUUUCAGAAUUUAAGUGGCGUACAGGUGUCAUGGACUAUGAGAGCAGUUCUCAUGACAUUACUUGCUUUUGGUGUUGGUUUGCCCUUGUCUUUGAUGAGAAAUCUUCAAAGCUUAGCUUCCUUCAGUUCUGCUGCCCUGCUGUUUUAUGGAUUUUUCGUUCUACAAGCAUUUUUAAGUGCAUUGCCAAAAAUCUUGGAAGGAUCUUGGUUAAAAGACCUAAAUUAUUGGCGACCAGAGAAACUUCUCCACUAUUUGCCCAUCUUUGCUUUAGCAUUUACUUGCCAGACGCAGCUGUUUGCACUGUAUGAAACCUUACCUGAACCUUCAGUUAAAAAAAUGGAAGGUGUCGUCAAUACAGGAAUCAACAUUGUGGCGUGUGUCUAUUUUUUGGUUGGAUUUUUUGGCUAUGUCAGUUUCUAUAGUGUUGGUGUCAAGGGUGACAUGCUGACAAACUACGGAAACACUUUUAUUUCACAGAUAAUUAAAUUAGGUUUUGUCAUGUCAGUUAUUGUCAGCUUUCCUCUUAUGGUUUAUCCUCUGCGAGCAAGUCUACAUUCUUUGAUAUUCCAGCAGCAGUCAGGAAGUUCAGAGAAUUUACCAGGAGGUGCCAACUUCAUCCCACAAGAUAGAUUCACUUAUCUCACCCUUGCCAUCAUAUCAAGCACCCUAUUGCUUGGCAUUCUCUUUCCACAAAUUGAAUUUGUGUUGGCACUGACUGGAGCAACAAUGGGCACUUUGAUAGCGUUUGUAUUUCCAUCCACCAUGUUUCUACAUGUUGUGACUGAAAAGACGUCUGCUAGGUUUGUAGCCAAGCUUGUCUUUGGUUUGGGGUUAAUUUUCUUUGUGGCAGGCACAUACACAGUGCUAACUACUCAAGAAGAAAGCUCACACCACCAAGUUGAUAUCCAUCCUCCAGGAAUUGAUCCUAUUAAGCCAGUAGACUUCCAUAAUCCUCCUCAGUCAAACACUAAUGACAGUGUGCUCCAUGUUAGUGUCAGAGAAGCACCAGUUGAUGUAGACAUUGCUAAGAUUGGUUUAGGGCAGGAUAAAAAUGUUGGCAAAGAUGAAAAAAGCUUAAAUGAUGCCAAGCCAGCAGAAAAACCCAUUGUUGCCACAGUGAAUGAGGGAUUAAUGGAAGCAGAGAAUGUGGUGAGACCUGCUGAUGGUGAGGUGAAGCGACAAGAGCCUCCAGUGCCUCAUGCUCCACAAGAUAUUCCACUAGAGAAAAAAGACAAUGAAGAACCUUUGAAGAAUGAAAAGCGACAACUUAUGAGUAAAGAAGAUGAGAAAUCAAGCAAUGUGGACAGCGUUGAGGAGAAAACCAAUAAUGUGAAUGCAGGUUCAAAGAAAGCUAUUAAGGUCUCAGAACAAGAAAUUGAUGAGGAGUUGAAGAAGCUGGAGCAGACAAAUAAGGUACCUACAGAUGCCUCAAAGGAAUCUGACUCUGAGGAUUCAGCAAAGGUGAAUCAUGUUUUGAAUGAAGCCAAAUCUUCACAAAAUGUACAAGAUAAAACCCUGGUGAAAAGAGAGUUGGAAUUGUCACAGAAUUUGGAAAUUAAGGGGGAAAAAAGACAAGACAACAUGAGGAAUGAUGAUAUCAUUGUUUUGCAGCAAAAUGGAAAUCAAACAAAUUUACAGGACAAAGGAGUCAGUAAUCAAGUUAAUCAAGACACUCUGGAAUCCAGAGACUAUUCUCCUCGUGAGAGAGUUUUGGCUGCAAACCACAGUAUGCCUCUUACAGAAGAAACUCCCAAAGAGGAGGACACUGUAAAAAUUAGAGAUCUUAAAUCAAAUUCCAGACCUGUUGAGAAACGGAGUAGUCCUAUAUCAUCAAGGUCCAUGAAGAGUUUUCUUUCAAAGCAAAGGUCAAGGCGUCCCAGAAGAAGUUGACUACAGGGAGAGUCCAGCUAGUAAAUCAAUAUGCACAUCCGUAUCAACACCAAUUGCAAACAGCUCUUGGUGCAAAGGGUAAUUACAUGGAAAGAAAAUGCUUACCUGCUCCUUGAUCCGAAUUCCCAUCAAAAGGAGAAGAAAUUUUCUUGUUGUUUUAGAACAAGUCUUAAGCAUUUGUAAAUAUUGUUCAAAGGUGACGAACCAAGUAAAGUAUUUUUAAAAGACUGCGGGCAGUCUUUUAAGGUGAUAGAUACGACAAGAAUUCUCACUUUCUAUAGGUUAAUCCUUAAUGGUGAGUACACUGACGAAGUCUACUAAAAUUUGUAUUGAAUUAUAUGUUGCAAAUCUAGACCUGGAGAAUAAGAUAUGGAUAAGGCAUGGAAUUUAAAUUCAAAAGUAAUUCUUGACAAUUACAAAUUUGAUGCUUUGGAUGAAUUCUUUCCCAGCUUUCAUAUAAAGUUUUGAAAUGUUGUGGUAAUUAGGAGUAAUUCCUUUUCUGUCCUAGUUCAUUCUUUGGCGUACAGCAUCCAAAAUGUAACGCAUUGUUUCCAAUAGUUAUGCUUCAGUCACUCGUAAUGGUAGUCAAACUAUUAGGGAUUAAUCUGUAGAUAUGUUUCGUGGAAAUUUUCGUCUUUUUUAAUGGUAACUAUGAAAUUAAAUAUUUUUGUUUACAUGAGACAAUGAUAAGUUAAAUAUUUUAAAUUUUGUCAUUAGUGCUGUGCUUGAUUGUCACAGUACCUCAUUUUUUUUUUGCUCAAUUUCAGAUGGCUCAGAACACAAUGUUAAAAAUGCCUGUGCUUUGAUUGAUUUUUUAGUAAUACUUUAUCUGAAUAAUGACAAAUUAAAGUACCAAAUAGGUGAGAUAACAAAUUGAAAACACCUUUAAGUUUUGCAUAUAAGUAAUUGGUAAUGUUGGGGACCCGGAACUGUUAACAGCACGUUAUCAUCCCGGUUUUUUUUUAAAAGAAACCCAUCCCUGAAUUCUAGGAAAUAGGGGGUCGGAGAAAAGAGGGUUAAGUCUUCCCUGGAGACUACCGAACCCAUUCCAUAGUUUUUGUAGCAGUUGCAAACACUGUUACUGUUGUGAGUCAGCUGAAAAUGAAAGGACUUUUACUAACUAUGAAUUUUUUCUCUAAUUGAGUAAUAUAACUUAUACUAGAAAAUGGAAUUGUUUUGCAUAGAAAUUGUUUAGUAUUUGCACUGGUCAUUUUGUAUCUGUGUCAAUCUUUGCUAAUUCGACACAUCAAUUCAUCAUUACUUAAAAAUUGACAGAAAACAAUGAAGUAAUAAUUGACCAACAUCA